AUGGCCGAUAUGGAGUCGAUACCGAGUGAACACCUGAAGAGCAACGAAUACAGCAUCAUCGGUGGUAUAGGCAAGGGUAAUUCUUCCAAGGUCUACAUCGCGCGUGAGAAGACAGGCCAGACAGCAUGCCGCCGGAAUCUUGUGGCUCUGAAGGUAUUGUAUCCAGAUGAAGACGAGUUCGUGACCCUCGAGGAACGUAUUGCCAGGGGGGAACUUCCGCACCUUAUCAGACAUUCGUGCGAGCAAGUGCUUCUGCCCACCAAGCUUGUUGUUUUUGCUACGCCUGGCGGUGCAUCAGAAACCCCUCAGCAAACACUGGUCAUGCCAACCAUAGGAGGACCGAGCAUAUUUGAAUAUGCUCGAGGUCGCGAUUGUGGUCGAGUGCCUCUUCCUAUGGCGGUAUUAGCCAUUGAGGAUGCCAUAUCAGCAUUAAAGUUUCUGCAUAAACACGACAUAGGACAUGGGGACUUUCAUAAUCGCAACCUUUUACUGCUGCCAUCGAGCCCUAUCUCACAGUGGUCAGACGAGCAGCUCCAGACUUACAUGAGCAGCCGGCCGUUGCAUGUACAUGCAGCUGAACUUGGACCAAAACAUAUGAGCAGCACAAUGUCUUUCUUUGCCGAGAACGAUAUCAGUUUCAAUGGCAGGAUCUUUUUGGUUGAUUUUGGAAGUGCCUAUCAGGGACAAGGUCCAGAGUGGCUGAUAGAUGACGCUCGUUUCGUCACGAAUGCACCAGAAAGGCUCGAAGGGCACGCUUGGGGUUUGCCAUCUGACAUAUGGUCACUUGGAACCACAAUCAUCGAAAUUCUGACUGGGACAGAGAUCUUCCGACCAGAAAUUAACCGCUAUCCAGGUCCUUGUGAUUUCGGCCGCGAUGAAGUUAGAGAACGAAUCUAUGAGCUGCUCCCACCAUGGCGGUGGGAGCCGAACGAGCUGAAGUCAGAGAUGAGAAGCUUGUGGCCACCAGAGCUAUCGAUCGCCUCUUGCACGCAGUUGAAGAAUAUGCUAGAAAAGAUGUUGCUGCUUGAACCUGCACAAAGGUUAAGUAUCACUGAGGUUGCAGAAAUAUGGCGCUCAAUCAGAGAGGGUUUGAAGCUCUGA